AUGGUCCUCCAUCUCCGCCGUUCAUCCAGCCGCGUCGGAUAUCUCUCCCAAGAGCCGCUGCCGCACUCCAAGCCAAGAUGGUUCCCCUCCAACGAAGUCCCUUCGACUAGGCUCUCCUCUCCCCUUGAAGCAGCGCUCUCCUCCGUCUCGGGUUCUCGAUUUUCAGCCGGAGUUGUUACCGGCGAGUCUCUUCACUCUGACCUCUCGGAUUCUUCCUUUGGAAUCUUCACGGUUAGUCGAUUUGUUGUGCUCUCGAUCCUCUCGCCCAGAGCCUUGGACUUGACCGCGAGUAACUCUCAUCUACGGAUGAUACUUUGUCCAGUACCGAGAGAGCCUCCAGAUCCGCCUAUCCCACCGGAUCCGCCGCCUCUCUCUUGCUUAAGCAUUCUCGAUUCACAUAUGCAUUAUUGUACCGCUUUUCUUGCCAAUUUAGGCAUGUCCUUGCCGAGCUCAUUAAAAUCCUUUUCCUCCACAUCGAGCGUGGAGAGACCACUUUCCCUUCACUAUGCUUCAUUCCAACAUUGGUCGGGCCUCAAAUCUCCACCGCGUGCCAUUCAUCCGCUGGAUCUGCCAUCUCUUUCACCGAAUGCUCUGAAUUCAGUCUCGUCGAUAAAAGCUUUGGCUUCGGUGAGAUAUCAGAAGAUCAAGCUUCUGCUAUGGCCGUCUCCUCCGAGCUUCACCGUCUAUGUGACUUGUCCAAGNUUCGUUUNCGACGUGUCUUCUUCCGGGANCUUUCCCGAUGAUGUCCUUAUUUUGGGUAGUCCCUUGUGGAAAUGCCUUUUAAGCAAUACAUAUGCUCUAUUGAACGCUAAAUUUUCGGACUUGUAUUGUCUUCAACUUUCUUCCGUCGUUACGGAGAUAACAACUUCCUCCUUAUGGGAGAGAUCGUUCUUAUCAUUCUUCUCUUUGCAAGGAGAAUGUUCUGCGAUUCUAGAAUAG